AUGGGCGCCUCCCGGCUCUACACCUUGGUGCUGGUGCUGCAGCCUCAGCGCGUGCUGCUGGGCAUGAAGAAGCGGGGCUUCGGGGCCGGCCGCUGGAACGGCUUCGGGGGCAAAGUGCACGAGGGAGAGACCAUCGAGGACGGGGCCAAGAGGGAGCUGCAGGAGGAGUGUGGGGUCACUGUGGACGCGCUGCACAAGGCGGGCCACAUCACGUUCGAGUUCGUGGGGGAGCCCGAGCUGAUGGACGUGCACAUCUUCUGCACGGACAGCGUGCAGGGGACGCCCACGGAGAGCGAGGAAAUGCGGCCUCAGUGGUUCCCCCUGGACCAGAUCCCCUUCGCCCACAUGUGGCCGGAUGACAGCUACUGGUUCCCCCUCCUGCUCCAGAAGAGGAAGUUCCAGGGCUACUUCAAGUUCCAGGGCCACGACACCAUCCUGGACUACAGGCUGCGCGAGGUGGACACGGUGUAG